CGAGCUCACACAUAGUUAGUACUUCCCCGCACGUGGACUGUACACACUCUCCAAUCUUGAACUCCUCGAGUUCGUGUAGCGGACAAAAUAUUCUCGUCCAGCAUCUCACCUCGCGUCGCACAGACAAGAAAAACCUAUCACAAUGUUCCGCAACGUCCUAACCAAAACGCCACACGACAUUGUCGUCCUCUCCGCAGUGCGCACCCCGAUUACACGUGCCUUCAAAGGCGGUUUCAAAGACAGCUACCCAGAAGACUUGCUCAUGCCCGUGCUGCAAGCCGCAAUCAAGCGCGCAAAAAUCAACCCCGAAGAUGUCAACGACGUGCUCAUCGGCAACGUCCUCGCCGAACUCGGCUUCGCAAAAACCGGUCGCGCAGCGGUCAACGCAGCAGGGUUCCCGAAUACAACGACAUUCCAUACCGUGAACCGGCAGUGCUCGAGCAGUCUACAGGCGAUAACACAUAUCGCGCAUGCGAUUCGUGUGGGACAGAUUGAGGUGGGUAUUGCGGGUGGUGCGGAGAGCAUGACGAGGAAUUAUAAUCCGUUGCGCGGGAUUCCUGGGGAUGUUGGCCCCGCACUCUUGGGGUCGGGGGUAAAGGAUGCGACGGAUUGCUUUGUCCCAAUGUUAAAGACGUCAGAGAAUGUGGCUGAGCGGUAUGGAGUUGGGAGGCGCGAGCAGGAUGAGUUUGCGGUGGAGAGUCAGAGGAAGGCUGCUGAGGCGCAGAAGGAGGGAAGGUUCAAUGAGGAGAUUGUGCCUGUGAAUGCGAGGAGGGUAAACCCUGAAACGGGGGAGGAGACGUUUGAGGUUGUUGAUAGGGAUGAUGGUGUUAGGGCCGGGGUUACGGUUGAGAAGCUGGGGAUGUUGAAGCCCGUUAUCGAGGGGGGUGCCUCUACGGCUGGGAAUUCCUCGCAAAUCUCCGACGGCGCCUCCGCAACCGUCCUCGCCAGCCGCGCCUGGGCCGAAGCACACGGCUUGAAACCACUCGCCCGCUUUGCCGGGACCCAAGUCGCAGGCUGCGCCCCCGACGAAAUGGGCAUCGGACCGAUCCCCGCAAUCCGCAACCUGUACAAACACAGCGGGAUCUCACAGCGCGACGUGGACAUUUUCGAGCUAAACGAGGCGUUUGCCAGCCAGUCUAUCCACUGUAUCCGGGAGUUGGGCAUUGAUACGGAGAAAGUGAAUCCGAAUGGUGGUGCGAUCGCGCUGGGGCAUCCGAUUGGGGCUACGGGGGCGAGACAGACGGCGACUUUGCUCGCGGAGUUGAGGAGGGGGAAUGGGGAGGUGGGUGUUGUUAGUAUGUGUGCUAGUACCGGGAUGGGGGUUGCAGCGCUGUUUAUUCGAGAGUAGAACACUAUCCUAGAAUUGUAUGUACCUCUCUUGAAGCGAAUAUCAGAUUUCUACUCUGUACGAGCGGAGAUGCGGAGACGAAGCUAUAGUACCCCAGCCCCACACACUGC